AUCGAGUGUUCGAGAGGUAGAGGUGAGGUCUCUUCAAGAUCCGGUUUAAGUGCAAGAAAAGAAAAUGUUUUGCACUGAACCAUAUACCUCCCGCCAGGUUCCGAAAAUUAAAAAAAAAAAAAUCUUCAGCAGACGAACGACACUUAUCUACAACACGAGGACCUGACCAAGUUGCUUGCGCCAAUGUUCCGGUUACAAGUUUAGUAAGCAGUCUGACAUAGCAUAUCCUUCUCGGCUCUUGGGACUGUGCAUGUAGUCCCACAACACCGUCCGACUGAAACACUUGCCUCACAUACGUCAGUGAACACACGCAAAGUUGUAUUGCAGAACACGUUUAUGCCUAGCGUCAAUCAACAGGCUUGAGUGUAAAGAGAACUCCCACUGAAAGCCGCUGUAGCCCAUACUGCUGCGUGAUAAUUCAGUUGGACUUGGUCACUCCCUGACUUAGACAUGGCGGCAUCUCGAUUGUGCUGUAGGCAGAAGAGUGAGAACUAUACAGAUGUUGUUAUUAUUGGGAAUGGACCUUCAGCUAUCACACUAUCAUAUAUGCUGCAUGGUUAUCGCCCAUACUAUAAUGGUGCCCCCCACUCCAACAGUAUUCUAAUCAACAAACUUAGAGACAACAAGGCUUCUGUUGUAGAGCAGGACUUGGAGUUUCUCUCAGAAGGAUUAGAAGGAAGGUCAACCAAUCCUGUGGCUCUGCUGUGGGACACUCUUAGUCACCCAGAUGCUGACCUAGGAGCAGACAACCCUUCAGUCCUAGAUUGGAAGCUUGAGAAAGAGAAAGUUAUUCCCCAUGUUGUUCUGGGGAAAACAAAAGUAGGAGGCUCUUGGCAGAACAUGGAAGGAAGCAUGCAUACUAUCAGCCAAAACAAUUGGAUGGAGCUACCUGGAUGUCCCUUCAGGGAGUGGCUUGCAAAGAGGCAUCGCAGAAUGGAUGUCCAAGGUGGCCGGGCAACUGUGGCUGAUGUGAGAAGUUACUAUGAAGAAUAUGUUGAAGACAUGGGGCUGAGAAAACAUUUCAGAGACUACCAUGUGGUCACAUCAAUUCAGAAGGUCUUUGAUCUCCGAAACUGUGCUGAUAGUGAAAGUGGAGAAGUAGAACACUGCUGCCAAAACAUACAAGAAAACCACUGCUUUUUAUGGGAGGUGCGUGGGUACUUCACCAAAGUCGCUGCCAGUGCUCAUAAUGUUAAAGACAUGGAGGAGAAAGAAGAGGAAAAUCAGUAUAUCUGUGACUGGAGUAGCUUCUCCGAAGACCUGAUGGACCAAUCAGCAGAUGCACCAUCAAGUCGUGAAGAAUUCUGUUUCGUGACCCCACAUGUAGUGCUGGCCACUGGGACAUAUGAUGUACCCAACAGACUUGGAAUCAAGGGAGAAAACCAGCCUUCAGUCCUGCACUCACUGUGUGCCUUCGAGCAGCUCCUGACAGAUGGAGUCUUGACAUCCUCCUCUUCACCUGUGUGCAUUGUUGGAGCAGGACUAAGUGCGGCGGAUGCCAUCUUAAUGGCACUUAAUUCUGGAAUCCCUGUGAUCCACAUUUUCCGACGGGCACCUAAUGACCCUUCUCUCAUUUUCAAAAAGCUUCCACGUUCCAUGUACCCUGAGUAUCACAGGGUAGCUUCGCUGAUGAAAGGAGAGACUGAGAAUGAACUGUAUCAGGCUUAUCCCAGGCACCGUCUUGUUGAAGUUAGCAGUCAGAUGGUCUUCCUGAAACCUUGCUCAUCAUCUUCUCGCUCCCCCUCCCCUCAUGGAGCAGAUGGCUCCAUAAUAUCUGUUGAUGUGUCAUGCACGGUGAUCAUGAUAGGAUCACGACCUGACCUUUCUUUCCUUGCAAAUGGAGGGCGAAAUCUUGGAGUUGUGCCUAAGUGGCAGAUUGACAGCAAGCAUAAUCCAGUUGAUGUAGAUCUCUUCACUUACCAGUCUGUACAUGAACCUCGGCUAUUUGCUAUGGGACCUCUUGUAGGGGACAAUUUUGUACGAUUUGGCAUAGGAGGUGCACUGGGAAUAACCAAUCACUUAAUGCAGUGUUCCCAAAAAGGAGGUCUUUGAAUUUUCCUCUCCAGUUCCUUGUUUUCUGUUUUAAAAUAAUUUUUUAAGAAACCUGUUUUGAGACCAACUGUUUCUUUUCUGCUGAACCAGCUUUUUGUUAGACAUUAGAACAUUUUGCUGCUUUAUGAAAUGGAAACGAUGAGUUUAGAAACAUUUUAAGUUUCACACAUUGUGCGAACUUGAAGAAGGCGUUUCAUAAAGUGGUAAUUAUGUGCCUGUGGUCUUUGCUCAAUAUAUGGUGAUGAUGUUGGUGUUGGCAGUUAGCACAAUAACACCACCAAACUGUUCACUUUUUAACAUACAUUUUUUUUUUUUUUUUCUAACAUGAAAUUUUCUUGAAAGAAUGUAUAAUUCAUGAUAAGUUUAACAACAGUCCAUUUUUUUGGCGGACUUUUUUUGUUAUAGGUUGGUAAUCAGAUGGAUUGUUAUACAGAAAGCUGCAAAACAUUUAUUUUAUCUAGUGCAAAUUAUGAAGGCAAGCUAUAGCUUUGUUUAGGGUAUUUUUAAAUUAUAAAGAGUUAUUGUUGUUACGCUGCAACAAACUCAGAAGGAACUUUUAUAAAAUUUUAGUUUUUCAAGAUCAUUCUGAGAACAUAAGAUGAUUGUUCUCAAAGCAUAAGACAUACCAAGCUAUCUUUGAGUGAUAUAUUUAUAGGUUGGCAUGUGUUUGAAGCACAUUUAGAUUUAAAGUGCUCAAAAAAACCUGUCCAUAACUGAAAUGUAACUUAUUUUGUAUAAAAAAAAUUUUUUCCUGAUUUUAAUCAUUGGUAUAGAAGCGAUAAUUCCUUUUGAUUUAUCACUAAAUGAUGGCAUUUAUAUUCAUCUACAUUUAUUUUGAUGAUGUUACUAGCUGCUGAACUUUUAUUAAAUACAACAUAAAUAGGCCUUAUAUUCCUUUAAUUUGAAUAACAAAUAAUCAUUGUUCAGGGAUAUCUCAAAGAUUUAAGAAAAUCCAUACUUCAUGAUUUUUGAUGGAUAUAAUGUGUGUGGCUUGAGCUGACUUGGUUUUUUUUAUUCAGGUUCUCCAUGACCCUAUGACUACAACUAUUACAGGGGAUGUAAAUGUGACUCUGCCACCAAAUGAGUCUGAAGUCACACUGAGCAGUUUCGUAGUAGAGGCCCAGAAAGGUGAUUAGGGUCAACUUUGUUACUUUGUGCAAUCGGACUUGCACACUUCAAACCUUUAUAUUUCUCUUAAUUUUAGGACUAGAAGAACAACUUUAGUAUCAAAGGGCAAAACCUGUUCAUUUUAAAAUUGUACAAUUUGCAAAAUGUCAAAUUUCCAACUUAAGACUCAUUCUGGACAAUGGUGAACAAGAUGUGUGUGAAGGUCAGCUAGGAUAGUGUUUUGUUUAUUUUGUGUAAUGCUGACCUAUAAACCAGUUUAGAUGAAUAAAUAAACAUAAAGAGAAAAGUAGGAUGGGAAUUUCUUUGUUGGAGGAAUAGAGAUAUUUUGUGGUCUCUGAUAGCAAGAUUCCUUUGUGAGAGAUCAGUGGUGCUGAGAAGAAGAAACCAGAGAUUUUAUCUGUGUAAAUGCAUAUGUAACCAGUAUUUGAAUCUCCGGAAACUUCUAGAAUUUUCAUUUGAUGUAAUCUAGAACUUGAGGUUUGAGUGUUAAUUUUUGUCAUUUUUGUAGAAAACCUGAAAAGUGCCAACACAUUUGUUUCUGUUGUUUUUCUUUGCCCAUUACUUUUUCCGUACUAACUAGGAAUCAUGCUAUCGUUUUCCCCUCUGAAGAUAUGGGCAUAAUUUGUUGUUUUGCUGUCAGGUGCAUCAAUGAUGCUAAAUAAUUUAAAAUCAGUACUAGAUAUUUUAAAGUUUGUUAAUUAUUUUGGGGUUUUUGGUAUCCAGUAUGAUUUUAUUUGUUGCAUCCAUUGGUGCUGAAAGGAGUAAUGCAUUUUUAUUACUGAACCUGCUAAGUUUUAAGACUGCUUGCCCAACCAAAGCACUACAAGUAAGAGGAAAAUGCUUAACAUGGGCAGUGAACAAUUGGUGACCUGCCCUUGCUACUCAAGUUUUUAAAGUCUGACUCAUCCAGAUUUGCACUUUAGCUAACCAUGAGCUCCUCUUCAGAAUUUUUCACGAGGGCAGCAGAAGAAAAAGAAAUUGUAAUGCAUGACUUAAUGUCUUAUACUUUUAAAAUAAUAUAUGAAUCUAUAGCUGUUACAGGUAUUUUGUUUCGAAACUGCAUUUACUAAAGUAUCUGAUGGAUUGUGAGUUCUGUUUCAAAAGUUAGUUGAAAGCAACAUUUUGAAGUACAUGCUUAUGUCAUUUUGAAAUGAGUACAUUCUGCACUUUCUAUCCGUCAUAAGUUACUCAAUGAUCUGCCGUAAAAACUAUGAAUAUCAUUAUAUGAUACUGUAGAGAUGGAGCAUUGAGUAAAUGUUCUUGUAUAUCUGUAAAUGUUUGGAGGACACGAUGUAUCUAUUCUGCACUACCACCAACCUUUGCUGGGACACCUGCUUACUAACAGACUAGACUGGUCAGUGCAAAUCUCUUCUUCAUUAGCCUUAUCACCUAUGACCCUACUGCCAUUUGAUGAGCAAUUAGCAAAAAUGCGUCCACAAAAUUAUUUUUAAAUGUCAGCAAUUAAAUCUUUAUGCUUGAUGAAAAUUUUCCUGUUCUGGAAAAAUACCAACUUUCUGUAUUCAUUAGCUGCCUAGAGCUUGCAGAAAAAUAUUAUCGUGCUUACUUUACUUGUAGUCAUGACUUGAAAAGAGCAGAUUUAAUGUAAAUUUAUGCACAUUUACAGAUGAGUGAAUUUUUUUUCUACAGGUUUAAAAAAAAAUAUAAAUACAACCCUUAUGACUUGAUCAAGUGGUUGUUUUUAGUACACUUUACCUAGCUACAGCUGUGCAUGUGCUAAGCAUCAGUGAGCAUUUUUGUAUUAGCUAAGAAAUACAGGAUAUUAACGAGUUCCCCAAUACUAGUGUUAAAAACCACUUUGAGAUGGAUGUUGUAAAAAUUCCCUGUAUAUUACCUUAAUUAAAUUGCUGUAAGACAACACUCAAAGCAACAAAGGUUUUUAUUCCCUUAAGUCUAAAUGAAAUUUUGAUAACUGUAAACUUUAAAUACCAAAGUUUGGAAUGGAUAAGCUGCAAUGUGCUGAUGACAUUCAGAUGCCUAAGUGUUAAGAAGAGUAGCAAGGUAUAAAAAUGCUUCGUGUGCUAUAUAAAAUAUCAAUUACAGUCUUUUAUAUAUUUUGGAAAACUGAUUUGAUUUAUGACACGUUUUGGAUUCCCUAGAGAGAUGCCUUCAAAAUUUUAGGCUGUUAUGAAUGGUGGUUUACGUCUUACGAGGCUAGUUUGGACUUCAUUGUACUCCAAGCAUUCUCACACUUUGCAGAUGUUCUAGUCCUGAUCUUUGUUUUUUGUUAAGUACUAGUAUUUGAAAAGUCAAGUUAUUAUUGACAUGUGACAAAGGUCAUGUUGUGCUGCCAAAUGCCAUAGCACCAGUGUGAUUGUGCAAUAUCUCAUAGCUUUUCAGGUAAUGCAAAUGUCAACUUAAUUUUAUUGAUAGGAUGAAGUUGUCAGCUUUCUAAAAUUCUAUGGUCAUGGAUAGCAGAUUGCAAAAUGUCCACAGAAGGUGAUAUUUUUGGUUGUAAAUGGUGAUAUUUUUUAAUGAAUGCUUUCUGUACUUAUUAAAAUGGAACAAGUUAAAA